UCUCCUCGAGGACUAGGUCGUCGUCGAGAAACGAGCGAAACUCUGAGGAACAUAAGGAGCCCAAUAGUGAUUUGAGCAGUCCCAGCAGCCCCAGGUUGGCUCCCCCUUCAAAGCGGACGCGGCGACAAACUGCCUCUGAGCCCAGCUCCAGUGAUACCUCCCCAUCCCCUCAAACUAAGGGCCAGAGGGUCAGCUGGGACAUUCCCACCUACCGAACCAGGCUGUCCUCUCGCAUAAUGCAAAAUGGGCACGCCCAUAUGAGUCAUCGGAAUGAGGAGAGUGGAGUAGGAGAUCACUCUCACAUGAAUGGCCAUGUGGAGCUGAAGAGGAGCUGCCGGGUGAAGAAGAGCCAAUUUGAACACCUCAAUCAGAGCCUGCUGUUUGACCAGCUGGUCAACAGCACUGCUGAGGCUGUCCUUCAGGAGAUGGACAACAUCAGCAGCAUCAGGCAGAACCGUGAGGUGGAGCGACUUCGCAUGUGGACUGGAGACACUGAGGAGGAAAACAUGGACAUGUAUUCCCGGGUGAAGCGUAGGAAAUCCAUGCGCAGGAGUACUUUCAGCCUGCCUACACACCACAAAGUCAUGAGCAAAACGGAGCAGGAGGAGGAAGAGGAGGAAGGGACGGAAGAAUCUCACGGUGAGGAAGAGGAGGAAGAUGCAGAGGAUGACGAUGAAGACGAUGAAGGAGAUGAAGCGGAAGAGGCAGGAGAGGAAAAUGACAGACCAUACAACCUGAGACAGCGUAAGACGGUGCAGAGAUAUGAGGCACCACCUAUUGAGCCUGUGAACAGGAAACAGAGCAACCCCUCACUUUUUGACACCCACAGAUCCCCAGCCAGAAGAAGCCAUAUAAGAGUGAAGAAACAUGCCAUUCACAGCAGUGACACCACAUCGUCUUCUGAUGAAGAGCGGUUCGAGCGGAGAAAAAGCAAGAGCAUGACCCGGGCAAGAAACAGAUGUUUACCUAUGAACUUGACUGCAGAAGACCUGGCUAGUGGUGUGCUGCGUGAUCGGGUGAAAGUGGGUGCCAGCUUGGCUGAUGUGGAUCCCAUGAACCUUGAUAGCUCUGUGAAAUUUGACAGUGUGGGUGGGCUCAGUAAUCAUAUUCAGUCACUAAAGGAGAUGGUAGUGUUCCCCCUGCUUUACCCUGAAAUCUUUGAGAAAUUCAAGAUUCAGCCUCCCAGAGGGUGUUUGUUCUACGGCCCACCAGGGACAGGAAAGACCCUUGUUGCACGGGCACUUGCCAACGAGUGUAGCCAGGGAGACAGGAAGGUUUCCUUCUUCAUGAGGAAAGGAGCUGACUGCCUUAGCAAAUGGGUUGGUGAAUCAGAACGCCAGCUACGCCUGCUCUUUGACCAGGCUUACUUGAUGAGGCCAUCCAUUAUUUUCUUUGAUGAAAUUGAUGGUUUGGCUCCUGUUCGCUCCAGCAGGCAAGACCAGAUACACAGUUCUAUUGUGUCCACUCUGCUGGCCUUAAUGGACGGCUUGGACAGUCGUGGGGAGAUAGUGGUCAUUGGUGCUACAAACAGACUUGACUCUAUCGACCCGGCACUCAGGAGGCCUGGACGCUUUGACCGGGAGUUUCUGUUCAACCUGCCCGACAAGAAGGCUAGAAAGCACAUCUUGAAGAUUCACACACGGGACUGGAAUCCCAAAUUGGCAGAGCCAUUUGUGGAUGAACUUGCAGAAAAAUGUGUCGGCUACUGUGGUGCUGACAUUAAAGCACUUUGCACAGAGGCAGCCUUGGUGGCACUGCGUCGCCGCUACCCCCAGAUUUACGGCAGCAGCGUGAAACUGAAGCUGGAUGUCACCUCCAUCAUCCUGGGGCCUGGCGACUUCAGCAGGGCCAUGAGGACAAUCGUCCCAGCCUCCCAGAGAGCCCUGGCUCCCCCAGGCCGAGCCCUGUCUCCCACCCUCAGGCCCCUGCUGGCUAGCUCUUUCUCCUUGGUGCUGAAAGCGCUGCUCCGAGUCUUCCCCCAUGCUCAGUGUCCUGACAGAGACAACACCAACGGCGGUGACAAUCAACUGCUUGAAGACGACUUGUACAGCGACGAUGACAAUGAGGAAUGCUCUGCUUCCAUCUAUGAAGGCGAGCCUGCUGCAUCCCCAAAGAGUCAGCUCUCUUCCUCUGCAGUGCACAGACCCUUCCUCCAUUUCUCCUUCUCUGCCCUCCAACAGCCCACAGCAUACCGGCCUCGUCUGCUGUUGGCUGGGGCCUCGGGCUCAGGACAGAGCUCCCACUUGGCCCCUGCCUUGCUGCACCACCUGGACAAGCUGCCAGUACACCGCCUUGACUUGCCCACUCUCUACUCUGUCAGUGCGAAGACGCCAGAGGAGUCCUGUGCUCAGGUUUUCCGUGAGGCUUGCCGGAGUGUGCCCAGCGUGGUGUUCAUGCCGCAUAUCUCAGAGUGGUGGGAGACAGUAGGUGACACUGUGAAGAGCACCUUCCUCACCCUGCUGCAGGAUGUGCCUUCAUUCAGCCCUGUCCUGAUCCUUGCCACUGCCGAGACUCACUACUCACAGUUGUCCGAAGAGGUGAGAACUAUAUUCCAGAGGACCUAUGGGGAGGUAGCAACGCUGUGCCCUCCAGGAGAAGAGGACAGGAGGAGCUUCUUCUCUGACCUGCUGCUGGUUCAAACGGCCAGGGCUCCACCACGCCUCAGGAAUACAGAGAGGUUUGAAGAGGUACUUCCAGUGGCAGAGGCUCCAGGCCCCAGAGUCCUGUCAGUAGAGGAACAGCGCCGCCUGGCUGAACAGGAGGAGAACACAUUACGGGAGCUCAGGCUCUUUCUCAGGGAUGUGACCAAGCGCCUGGCCACUGACAAACGUUUUAACAUCUUCAGCAAGCCAGUUGACAUUGAGGAGGUGUCAGACUACCUUGAAGUGAUUCGGCAGCCCAUGGACCUGUCAACUGUCAUGACCAAGAUUGACACCCACAAGUACCUGACAGUGAAAGACUUCCUGGUGGAUAUUGACCUCAUCUGCAGUAAUGCUUUAGAAUACAAUCCUGACAAGGACCCUGGAGACAAGGUGAUCAGGCACCGAGCCUGCAGUUUAAAGGACACAGCCCAUGCUAUAUUUGCUGCUGAGCUAGACCCUGAGUUCGACCGCAUGUGUGAAGAGAUCAAGGAGGCGCGCAGGAAAAGAGACCUCCAGAUACCAGCUCAACUGAUGGCAGCUCCGAGCAUUGUGGCAACCAGAAAACACCACACUACAGGAGAGGAGCAGGCCAGGAGCAGUACUCAGGGCGAGGCCAGUGACAAAAAUUGCACCACUAAUCAUAUAAAGCGGAAGAUUCGCCGGCGGCCAUCAUGGGGGCGGGGCAUUAUCCGUAAGAAGAAGAACUACAAGAAAGGAACAGAAGAGGAGGAGGACGAGCCUGAGGCAGAAGUUGAGGCUGCAGGGCCCAGUGACUCAUGUUUGACGCAGGAUGAGGAAUCAUCUUGCGAUACGACAGGUCCCCAGCCCAAUGGCCACCAUCCCCAUGCCCCCUCCACAGAGGAGGAGAGCUCAAAUGAGCCUCCUGUUGCAGCUCCAGCUGAACGUCCAGAUGCCAAUGAAGCCAGAGAAUUGCCAGCACCUAAGGAGGAAGAAUCUACAGCCAAAGAGGCAGAAUGUGAAAACACAGAGAAACAAACUGAGCUGCAUUUCCUUGGUGACAGUUCUCAUCCCAAGGUGGACGGGGAUAGCCAUGCCAAGCAGGCUGAAGUCCAGCCUUCGAUUGAAACGUCUGAGUCCUCAGAUGCUGAGGCCCAUCCCAAGCACACAGAGGGUCUCCUAGUGGACUGUGUGAAUGGAAACGAGUCAAUGGACAGUCUGGACUCGCAGAGCCUCAAGAGGAGCAGUGAAACUGAGAAAAGGACUCCUCAGAGCAUGGUUGAAGGCUCUGACAAGCCAGAACAGGAAGAGCACAAAGACAAACAUGAGAGCCAUCAAACUCAGGAGCACCCUCCCCAGGAUGGGAGGGAGGUAACAGAAAGUGCUGAGGAAGAUCAAGACAAAGAAGGGGGUUCCAAAGUGAUGAAAUGCAAGAGGAGCCCAUCAGAGCAGUUGAAGGGAUCUGCUGAAAGGACAGAGGAAGAGCCUCAACUGGUCCCUCCGCAUCCUCCGGUAGUGGUUGACCAUCAGCAACUUUCGGCACUACUGGAAAUGGUGGUGAAGAAGAGUGAGGGCUACAGCGUGGAGCAGCUGGAAAGACUGUACUCCCUUCUCAGCCAGUGUAUCUACCAGUAUCGCAGAGAGUACGACAAGACUCAGCUACUGGAGGAGAUGGAAGAGAGAAUCCAACAUUUUGAUACAUUCCUGUGACAUGGAGAAAAUAUACCUAUCAGGUAGAUCCUGAACAGCCUGGGACCACAAAGACAAAUACAAACUGAGUGAGAGAGAGUGAUGGAGCUUCUGAGUUCAGCCCUCAACACAAAAACACACACAGAAAAUCCAGCGCCCCCCUCUUGCUGAGAGGAAGCUCAACGAGGAGGAGGUUGAGGACAGAGACAUUCAAUGGUGCUAUCGUCUCAGGAACCUGGCCAGAUCCAGACCCAUUCUACACAACCAAACCCCUGGAGGUGUGUCAGUCACACACACGCACACACACCAACGGUGACGGGAAAACCCUGGUGCUACUUGGGUGCUAUCCUAAAACUUUUAUCCAUGCUGCUCUUGGGAUUGCUUCUUAACUUGGACGACUAUCAAAACCAACAGAUUGGGUGAUGUCAUAUCACAACCUGGCCGCUUCUCACGGGAGCGAGCCAAGCACACACAGACACACAGACACACAGACACACACACACACAGACAGACACACACACACACACACACACACACACACACACACACACACACACACACACACACACACACACACACACACACACACACACACACUCAUUUGGAUCCUCACCAGCAGAAGUGUGAAUGCAGUGUCACUAGAAGGGGGCAGACAAUGUUCUGAGUCACUGAACUACGUUGCUGAGCCAAUCUCGCUCUCGAGUGCAACGCUCCAUCAUAGGCAAGUUAUUAUCACACUAUUCUGCAAAUCAUUUUUUUUUUUCUUUCUGCUUUAGCUACUUGAUUAGUUCAAUAUCUGAGCCACCGUCAAGGAAUAUUCAACCAGAAAUAGAGAAGUUUUAGUGCAAACACAAACUCACCAAGGUUAGCACAGCAGGACAAGAACCGCUUCUCAUUACAGCAGUCAUCGGGUGUGGAAAGCUGUUAGCCCCCUCAGCGUUUGUCUCAGAGUAACUAGCCUGUAGACCAGCUGUGAAACCACCUCAUUUGAAACAUCUGCUCACAGACCACCGCUGUCGUUCAGUCUUAUCAGAUUGUCAUAUCCAAAAUAGUUUGUGCUAGCUGCACCCCCCCACCUCAUUCACAGUAUGAAUGUUUUCCCUCCCACUCAAGCUGUGCCCGCCAGUUGAUUAUCCUAUCGACACCCCGGCUGAGGAACUGGAAGCUGUACAAAUUGGAAUGCGUCUGUAGUUUUGCACUGCCUAGUGUGUGCCUUAUUUAAAACCUCAUAUAUUUAGCAGGAUUUUUAUUUACUUGUUCUUACAAUGAACAGGCCCCAAGUUGGGGUGGGUCUUAACCACUGAGGUCACAGCGACCUUGAAGCAAAAAAUUCUAUAUAUCUCAAUGCCAUUAGGUCGAUUAACAACAUAUCUAGGUUAUACAUCUUUGCUUAGUUUUAACUUCAAUCUGGGCCAACACAAAAAUAAUUAAUGGCAUUUGAAAACCUGAGGAAUAUAAAUACUCACAUCUGUGGCUGUGUAACUGUCUGGUCAGAUAUGUCUGAAGGACUGGAAAUGUUGUUACGAUAUUUAAAUGUAUUUAAGCCCUGUUUUACCCCAGACCAUUUGGGGAGGUCAGUGUCCACCUGAGCAGACAGCAGGUGUAAGGAAAGGUUGACAACAC